CACCAGACACUCCUAACAGGAGGCAGACGAGCCGGGCUCUUCCUCUCCAUUCACUGCAUGCAGCUCGUCCUGAACACUGCAAAGGGACAACACUCCUAAAAAACACUGAAUUCUGGGAAUAUCGUUUUUUAACUGAACCCCACUUUAACUAGAGAGGCAAACGUUGUCCUGCUGCAUCAACCAUCGCCUUUGCUAGCUACAGAAGCUGUUUUGGGGGGACUUACAGGAUCCAGACUUUGAUUCUUGCAGUUCUUAGUAUCAUUUUGUUGUCCACUACUUUGGCCCGACCAUGGUUCUGUGUGAGGAUGGCGACUGCAGCGUCUGCUUGUCUCCUUACACCCGGAUGGACAGGAUCCCUCGGGUUCUCCACUGCAGGCACACGUUUUGUGAGCCGUGUCUGGAGACGAUGUCGCGGACCAGGAGCGGGCUGCUCACCGUGCCCUGCCCUCUGUGUCGCAGGGUGACCUGCAUAGGACACGGCCUCAGCCUGCAGGAAGCUCUGUGGGUCAACAGCCGGCUGUGGGACCAGAUACCAGAAGAGGAGCAGGAGGAGGAGGCCCGGGAAGACGAGGAGGAAGAUGGAGUGAAAGAGGAAGCUGAGGAGGAGAGGACUGAGACUAAAGAGCAACCUUCAUUACAUGCAGAAUGUGUUUCCUCCAGGUCAUCCAGAACAAAACUCAUGAAACUGCCGGCAUUCUUCAAAAAGUUCAGUUUGACAAAGCAGCACCAAGAGAGGAUCGUUCCUGGUGGGAAUGUGGAAAUGAAGUCGUGGCGCAGGCUUCCAACUGAAGAGACCGUUUAAAGAUUGAGGCAGAUCGAUAGCUCCACUCAGGACGUUAUUUGUUCGAAGACUCAACGUUGUCAGUGGAGGGAAAGUUGAGGCCAUUAGCAGCGAGAAUCCAUUUGUGUUCCUGUCAGGACAUUGUUUAGUCCUCAGCCAAAGGUGCCCCGUCUCCCCCAUUAUUUAUUCUGGGCUUAAUUCUCCCAGCUGGUGCCCUGGGAUUUGGUUCAGCUGUCCCGGUGGGACUCACACCCAAAGACCCCCCUCAUAACAGAUGGCCUCCUGAGGAUGUUCCCUUUUUAGCCAGAGAUGAACAUUGACCUUUUUUUUCCUUCUUAAUUUAUA